AUGAGACUCUUGUGGAUGUUCCUCUUCCUUGGCUGUCUGGUUAACAAGAGACAUCUUUUAUUCAGCUACAGCUUAGCAGGCUUUGGAAUUGGAGACAAUAGUGGGCUGUCUACAGAUCUUCUUGCUGAUGACAAAAGUGAAUACAUUGAUCUUGGAGCCAACAGUGAAAAACUGGCUCCUCUGACUAUUGCUUCAUCUGUAAAGGUCCCUGAAGUCAACCAAGACAGUGUGAGUGAACUUGAUAGUCUCAAGGUCACUGUUUCAGACUCCCUGGACACAAGUGGCAUCACCAGCCAAUUGUCAAAACCUGUCCUCAACCAGGACAUCCUGAGCCAGGAAGGGCUGCUGAGCGCUGUUAUUCUCAACAACCAGAAUCUAGCCCUGGAGAGAGAAGAGCUACAGACGCUUCUCCUGGGUGGCAGUCUAUCAUUUGGUAUCAAAAAUGACCUCCUGGAGGCAGCAGGGACCAAGGCUGUGGAAGGCCUGAUCUGCAAGGGCUCCCUGGGAGGCCUUUGUGGCCAUGGAAGUCUCUCUGGCAUGAAUGAUGUUCUGAAGAACAUGAAUUCUGGGAAACUCAAUGGCUGGCUCAAUGUCACCCGCUUCGAUAUUGUCCAAUUGUCAUGGAAGGUCUUUGCUUCAUCUAGCCUUGAACUUGAACUUCAGACCAAGUUGACCAUCAACUUUUCCGGGAUGCUCAAAUUUCUCAGUGGCUCCACCGUGGAUGUGAACAUCAUGGUCCCCUUGAAUUUGGAACAGACUGAGCCUGGUCAAGUCUCAUUUUCUGUGAAGAGCUGCAAAGCAGUAUUCACUGGGAUCCAAGUCGAGACAGGCAUGUUCUCCUCAAUGAUGGAAUCGAUGAUGAAGUGGUCCUUGAGCAUGUCCUUGCCCAACAUAUUGUGCCCAGUGGUCCGAUUCUGGUUUUACAUCGUCAACCAACAGUUGGUCAUCCUGAAAAAUAUUGCUUCCUUCGGGAUGUUGGGAGACAACAACCUGACCAGUACCCCACAGCCUCUACUAUAUGAACGCUCUUACCACAUGGAUUUUAAGGACAAAAGCUUCCCAGGCUCUUUCAUCAAUUGGCUGAUUAAAAAGCUCUCUUUGUGAACGACUUCAGACACUCUGCUGGCCUGAGGGAGAAGCCUGAAGCCAGACACCUGAGCGAGGAUGGAGAAGGGGCAAGUGGAGUCAGCCUCAAGCCCAGACAUGAAGGCUCAAGCAGAGAGCAAGGCCUGCAGCUCCCAGGGAUUCAGCAGAGGCUCCUGGGAAUCCCUCUACCAUGACAUGUUUUCUUCCUGCAGGUCAUACUUGACAGGACUUGGAUUAUGCAGAUCUGUCAUGGUGUCCUGCACAGCCUUAAUAAAGUGUCACG